GCCACGGCUCCGCGCUUGAGGCGUGACGUCAGCACAGCGGAGGGGCUCCGCUCGCGCCGCUCGCUCCUUGUAAACGAGCGCCGAUGGUGGUGCGGCAGCAGCAGCAGCCGAGAGGAGGAGCGACGCUUCGCAGCGGCGGAAAGCCGGGGGGAAAAAGAGGCAGCGCUGAGAUGAGCCCGAGUCCCGACAGCGCCGUGGAUUAAGCCGUUAAGUUGUGCGAUGGCCGGCGUCAACGUGAAAAAGUAACCCGACGUAGUAACACGUUGACGUUCUUCUGUCUGUGUGUCCAUUCCGAAUCCCUACGUCAAAAUAUCAACACAGGAGCCGGAGGAGGAGAUCGAUCGAUUGAUCGAUCGAUCGUUCCGUUCGUUGCGAGCGAGCGAGCAAGCGAGAGAGAGAGAGAGAGAGAGAGAGAGAGAGAGAGAGAGAGAGAGCAGCUAGUAGUAGUAGCUGCAGAUGCACGCGCGCGCCUCAGAGCAGCGAGCCGAUUACGCUCGCGACUCUGCAGACCGACGUCGAACUACUAUGGCAGGGAAAGUGAGCGCGCAGCCUGGCACGGGGAUACUGCUCGUGACAGCCAACGUUGGAUCGCUCUUUGAAGAUCCGGAAAACCUCCAGAAGACGUGGCUGCGGGAGUUCUACCAGACUGUCCAUGCCCACAAGCCGCACUUUGUCGCAUUACAUUGCCAGGAAGUGGGAGGAAAGAACUACGAAGAGUCCAUGACGCACGUGGACAGCUUUGUCAAAGAGCUGUUGUCCAGCGAUGCCAUGAAGGAGUACGGCAAGGCCCGCAUCUACCUCGAUGAGAACUACCGAUCCCAGGAGCACUUCACGGCACUUGGAAGUUGCUAUUUUCUUCAUGAAACCUUGAAAAACACCCUUCAGUUUGAUUUUAAAGCGAAGAAAUACAAGAAAGUGAUUGGCAAGGAGAUCUACUCAGACACACUAGAAAGCACCUCAAUGCUGGAAAAAGAGAAGUUUCCCCAGGAGUAUUUCCCCGAGUGUAAGUGGUCCAGGAAGGGUUUCAUCAGGACUAGAUGGGCUCUGGCUGAUUGUGCCUUCGACCUGGUCAACAUCCAUCUUUUUCAUGACGCUUCCAACCUUGUGGCCUGGGAGAAGAGCCCUUCUGUGUACUCUGGAACGCGGCAGAAAGCCCUCGGUUAUGUUCUUGACAGGAUUACAGACCAGCGAUAUGAACGAGUGCCAUAUUUUAUCUUUGGGGAUUUUAACUUCAGGUUGGAUGCAAAGCAUGUUGUUGAGAGUUUGUGCUCCUCUGCCACUAUGCAGACCAUCAGGGCAGCCGACACCAACGAAGUCGAUAAGUUAAUAUUCCGAGAGGUGGACAAUGAUCGAAAGGUUGUACUUCAACUUGAAAAGAAGCUUUUUAAUUAUAUUAAUCAAGAUGUUUUCCGGGAAAACAAUGGGACACGGCUUUUAGAGUUUGACAAAGAGCUGUCUGUGUUUAAGGAUCGGCUGCAUGAACUCGAUAUCUCUUUUCCUCCCAGUUAUCCGUACAGUGAAGACACCAGUCAAGGGAAGCAGUACAUGAAUACACGGUGCCCCGCCUGGUGUGACCGCAUCCUCAUGUCCUCCUCUGCCAAGGACCUCGUUUUAAAGCCCGAAAAUGAGGACAAAGCUGUGAUCUAUGAUAAUAUAGGGCCCAACGUCUGCAUGGGGGACCACAAGCCCGUCUUCCUGUCAUUUCGAAUAGCAGCCGGGGCAGGUAAACCUAAUGCAAAUAAGCACAAGUGUUGUGUCGUGCAGUGAUGUCGUGGUAAGCGGUGCCAAAGAGUUGAGAAGAUAUUGCAGGAAGACCCCCUGUGACAACACAAGUUAGAAAACACCAGUCUAUGAAAAACACAAGAAUCUGUAGAGUCUUUGCAGCAAUGCUGACAAAUCGAGUCCUUCACCCCCACACCGGUAGACUACAGUUUGCUCACAGUGCUUCAGGACACCAGGACUUUGCUUAAAAUUUUCGGACUUUUCUCAAGAAAAGACCUUACUUACCUCACCAUCAUCUCUUUCCCAGUGUCAGAGCCCAAAAUGUGGACUACUCUUUUUCACAUCACAAUGUUGUUGCCAAAACUCUAAUAGAAAUCCGAAAUACUAAAUAUUUUAGAUACCGUAUUUACGAUUUUUAGAGAUGUCUCUACAUAGAAUAUACUUCCAUACAGUAUGUAAGAUGUUAAAAAAGUAAAAGUGCAAUGCAAAAACUUGUAUAUCUAUAUUGGUAGGUUUAUUUGUACAUUGGAUUGUAUAUGUAGACGUAUUGAUGGUUUUAAUGCCGUUUUCUUUUCUUCGACCAAACUUUCUGGUCACUGUGCUAGAAUAGAUAGUUACGUUCAUUUCGACGGUUUUGUAAUUGCUGAUUUGUGUGCACACUACACACUGCCAUGCCUAGCACUUAUCAGCUGCUUUUCUUUUUUUGUAUACUUAAAAAGUAAGGAUCAUUUUAAUUCUUACCAAAAUUGUAUGCUGAAAUAAGGAUAUCUUACGAUAUGUCUGCUUGGAUGUCCUAUCAGACCUUAAGACCUUUUAAAUCUAGCUAUUUUAGAUUUAUAAUAUAGCCCACCAUGGGUGAUUUAAGCAGUGCCAUAGAUCAUGCAAGUAUAUAAGAUAUAAUAUUGUUUAUCAUAUAUAGCAGUCUCACUUUAUUAUUCUUAACUUAUUUUCUAUGUAAUAAUAUUAUGGCUCUGAAUGUGAUGUUUUUCGAUAGGCUUGGGUAUCUUUUAAAGAUUUGUAAACUGUUUUUGUCUAUUUUUGUUACUGCAUAAUGGUGCCAAGUAUUCUGUAUAAGAACGUCGUGUCACAAGACAACACACAAGAAACGGUUUAAAUGAUCCAACGGUAGGUAAAGAUAUGUUCAGUUUAAAUUGUAAAUAAUUCGAAAGAAAGGUAGAAAAAAGAAUAGCUUUUUCAUUCUAUUCUCUAGCCAUCUGCGAACCCUAACUUAAGUGCUCUGUUGCGAAUACUUUUCUCUUAAAUCUCAUUUUACGACAUUAAGCAGCGAUUAAGGAGCCUUUUUCGAUUAAAUUAAUUGAUGUAAUUCAGUACACUACAUUUAGUACACGGGCUGUGUGAAACCGUUCGACUGAGUCUUGAUUUUCUUUUCUGUUAUUUUAUUUUCGUCAAAGUGACUACGAGCGGAGAUGAUUUUGCCUCAGAUUUCAUGUGCUCUUCUUGGUGGUUUGACGUUCGCUUGGCGGGCGAAACGGCUCGCGGGCUCUUUUGCAGGUCACGUGACGGCGUGGAGACGCUGCGCGCGGUUUCCGCUCAUUUUCCUCAAGUUGAUAGAGAUUCCACCCCACGGACUACAUGGCCUCGCGGCGGUUGUGUGGCUCUGAAGCAAUAAACUGUUAGAAUUCAA